GAAACAACACAAACACUCAGCAAGAAGCUUAACCAAGACUACCCAACCCAGCCAAAAUUGGUAUUUCUGUAAUAGAAAUACAAAUUACAAUAAACACUAAAUUGACAUGAAAAUGUAAAGAAUCCAGCAAAUGAAGAAAAAGCCAGAAAUGAUGGUUGCUGAUCCAGCCUUUAACAGCCAUUUUGAUUCUCUCUUUUAAGCCCCACUGUCCUCCUAUCCCAUGUGCUUUCCCCAUCAUUCAUUGCUCUACUUACUCACCCUCUUCAUUUCUCUUUAACUAACCUAUAUCAUACACAUUCUCAAAAAUACCUCCAAAUUUUCUCUCAAAAUGGAGAACACUGUUUUUUUUCGCUUCAAACCCUUACUCAUUUUCCUAUCUGGGCUUUGUUUGUUUUUGCAAACUGUUGACUCUCAAGCAAACCCUAGUGAAGAUGCACCAGUAAUGUUUGCACUCAAGAAAACUCUCAAUGUGCCCGCUUCACUUGGCUGGUCUGACCCAGAUCCAUGCAAGUGGAGCCAUGUUACUUGCUCUGAUGAAAACCGGGUCACCCGUAUUCAGAUUGGUAGGAACAGUCUCUCAGGUACACUACCCUUAAAUCUUCAAAAGCUGGCUCAGCUUGAACGUUUGGAGCUUCAAUGGAACAACAUUUCAGGUCCUUUACCAUCUUUAAGUGGCUUGUCUUCAUUACAAGUUGUUAUGUUGUCUGAUAAUCAGUUCACUUCAAUUCCUGAUGAUUUUUUUGCUGGUUUAACCUCUUUGCAAUCUGUGGAGAUUGAUAAUAACCCGUUUUCUACUUGGGUUAUUCCUGAAACUCUUAGAAAUGCUUCUGCUUUGCAAAAUUUCUCUGCAAAUAGUGCUAGUUUGUCCGGGUCGAUUCCGGGUUUUUUGGGCCCGGAUUCUUUUCCGGGUCUUACUAUACUUCAUUUGGCUUUUAAUGAGCUUGAGGGUGGAUUGCCUGAUGCAUUUUCUAGCUCACAAAUUCAAUCUUUGUGGCUUAAUGGACAAAAGAGUAAAGGUAAGCUGACCGGUAGUAUUGAAGUUUUAAAGAAUAUGACUUUGUUGAAGGAUGUUUGGUUGCAUUCUAAUGCGUUUUCGGGUCCUUUACCGGACUUUUCGGGUUUGGAUGAUUUGGAGAGUUUUAGUAUAAGGGAUAAUUUGUUUACCGGUCCUGUUCCUUUGUCUUUGACAGCUCUUGAGUCUUUAAAGUCUGCGAAUUUGUCGAAUAAUUUGUUUCAAGGUCCAAUGCCCGUGUUUAAGAGACCGGUUUCUGUGGAUAUGACUAAGGAUACGAAUAGUUUUUGUUUGCCGAGUCCUGGUGACUGUGAUUCGAGGGUGAACACAUUGCUUCUAAUUGCAAAAUCCAUGGGUUAUCCGCGGAGGUUUGCUGAGAGUUGGAAGGGGAAUGAUCCUUGUGCAGAUUGGGUUGGCAUUACCUGUAAUGAAGGAAAUAUUACAGUUGUGAACUUCCAGAAGAUGGGUCUCAAUGGAACAAUAUCCCCCGAGUUUGCUUCGCUCAAGUCGUUGCAAAGAUUGAUUCUUGAUAAUAAUAAUCUCACUGGUACAAUUCCGCAGGAGCUUACUACCCUAAUUGCACUUAAGCAACUUGAUGUGUCCAACAAUCAAAUUUCUGGAAAAAUUCCAGUUUUUAGAAGUACUGUCAUGGUGAAUACUAAUGGCAAUCUAGAUAUCGGGAAGGAUAUUAUCAUUCCUACUUCUCAUGGUUCACCAUCAGGAGCUCCAUCAGCUGAUGCGAGUUCCCAGAGUUCUGGAAAUGAUGGUAAGAAUUCUUCCAGUAAUGUCGGUGUAAUCUUGUUCUCGGUACUUGGUGGUGUAUUUGUGAUAAGCAUGAUUGGUUUGUUGAUUUUCUGCAUCUACAAGAAGAAAAACAAGCAGUUUUGCAGAGUCCAAAGCCCAAAUGCGAUGGUUAUCCACCCUCGGCUUUCUGGAUCUGAUAAUGAUAGCGUAAAGAUAACAGUUGCUGGUUCAAGUGUUAGCGUGGGUGCAAUGAGUGAGAGUCAUACUUUUCCUGCAAGUGAACAAAGUGACAUUCAAAUGGUCGAAUCAGGAAACAUGGUCAUUUCCAUUCAAGUCUUAAGGAAUGUUACUAACAAUUUUAGCGAGGAAAACGUGCUAGGGCAAGGAGGAUUUGGGAAAGUUUAUAAAGGCGAGUUACAUGAUGGUACAAAGAUUGCUGUCAAGAGAAUGGAUGCUGGGUUCCUUAAGAUUGCUGAAUUUCAGUCUGAGAUUGCUGUUCUGAAUAAGGUUAGGCACCGGCAUCUCGUUGCUCUUCUUGGCUACUGCUUGGAUGGAAAUGAGAAACUUCUUGUCUAUGAAUUCAUGCCACAAGGGACAUUAAGUGACCAUCUUUUAUCCUGGGCAAAGAAUGGAUUAAAACCUCUAGAGUGGACGAAGAGGUUGAUCAUAGCGUUGGAUGUGGCGAGAGGUGUUGAGUACUUGCACAGUUUGGCGCAUCAAAGUUUCAUACAUAGAGACUUGAAACCCUCAAAUAUCCUUCUCGGCGAUGACAUGAGGGCCAAAGUCGCAGAUUUUGGUCUUGUCCGCCUUGCACCUGAGGGUAAAGCUUCAAUUCAGACUAGAAUUGCUGGAACUUUUGGAUACUUGGCACCGGAAUAUGCAGUUACUGGUCGGGUCACAACUAAAGUUGAUGUUUACAGUUUUGGGGUGAUAUUGAUGGAGCUCAUAACUGGUAGAAAAGCACUUGACGAUAGCCAGCCUGAGGAAAGCAUGCAUCUUGUAACUUGGUUCCGCAGGGUGCAGCUAAACAAGGAGUCUUUCCGCAAGGCCAUCGACCCUCUGAUUGAUCUUAAUGAGGAAACUCUUGCUAGUAUCAGCACAGUUGCUGAGUUGGCAGGUCACUGCUGUGCAAGAGAACCAUAUCAAAGGCCAGACAUGGGGCACGCUGUCAAUGUGCUAUCUUCUCUCGUCGAGCUCUGGAAACCGUCCGAUCAAAAUCCGGAAGAUGUAUAUGGCAUUGAUCUUGAUAUGUCAUUGGGACAGGUCGUUAAGAAAUGGCAAGCAUUUGAAGGUAGUAGCAGCAACAUGGAUUAUCCAUCAUAUAGCCAGAGUAUGGAUAACACGCAGACCAGUAUACCUAAUGUACCUAAUGGAUUUGGCAUUUCGUUUACAUCAGCAGACGGAAGAUGAGGAGCUGAAGCUGUAAAUAACGGCGGUGGUGAUUUCUCUAUGUUCAUUCUUUUUGCAUUUUAUUCUACUAUUAAUUAUUUUUUUAACUAUUUACCUGACUCCUAGUACAUUCAUGUCUAGUCUCCUACUAUUUUCUCAAUGGACUUUUCCCCCACAUAUUUACAAGGUUUUGGCAUUUCACUGAAAUGUGGUGGUAGCCUAUGUUGUACGUAAAUUUUUCGAGUUUUAAGUUUUGACAUUUCGUUUCUGUUCUCGAAAUGUUACGAAACUCUGUAUUUAUAACACUUAUUGUCAUUUCUUCUUUGUUUUC